AUGCAUAUUGUUGCGUUCUUUUCGGCGCUUCUGUUCCUUGUACAGCACGUGUGGCCUUUGCCAAUUGAGUCUGACAGCCAAUCUGUUCUCGAUGUUACUUUGAUUCAAGCAGACAAUACCCAGAUCAAAGCCAUCGUGAAAAAUGUCGGUAAAGAGGAGAUUACCUUUGUGCAUCUGAACUUUUUCCGCGAUAGCGCACCGGUGAAGAAGGUCUCCGUUUAUCGAGAUGAUGCCGAAGUCCCGUUUCAAGGUAUUAAGCGACACAUUAAACUGCAAGGACUCAGCGCAGAUGCAAUCACCACUCUGGGCAUUGGGGAGGCGAUGACAGAUGAAUUUGACAUUGCCGCAACCACAGACUUGACCCGUGGAGGUUCUAUGACCCUCCAUUCCAGUGGAUUGGUCCAUCUUGUACAUGACGGAACAGUCUCCGGUCAUGUACCAUAUCGCUCUAAUCAUCUCACGAUUGAGGUGGAUGCCGGCAAGGCAUCCCAGGUCGUGAAGGCGAUCCAAACUCUUGACCGCCGCACCCGAAUGGGUUGCGACAACGACACUGUGAAAGAACAGCUCGACAAUGCGCUGGCAAAAACAUCUGCUCUAGCCGCAGCCGCGGCAGUUGCUGCUCGGAAUGGUUCCGAAUUCAAAUUCAAUGAAUACUUCAAGACCACGGACCAAUCCGUGCGAGAGGUGGUUGCAGCUCGACUUGACGCGGUUGCAAGGGAAGCCAAUUCAACUACGUCGGCUACCGAUUACUAUUGCAGUGACGAAUUUGGUUAUUGUGAGAGUAACGUGUUGGCAUACACGAUUCCGUCCCGAAACGCGAUUGCAAAUUGCGACAUAUACUACUCUUAUUUGCUUGAACUCACGAGUGCAUGUCAUCAUCAGGAUCGAGCAACCACCAGUCUGCACGAAUUCACUCAUGCUCCGGGGGUUUUCAGCCCAGGAACAGAGGAUCUGGGAUACGGGUAUGCAGCAUCAACUGCUUUGCAAAGCCGUGAGGCAGUAAUGAACGCGGAUACAUAUGCGCUGUACGCGAACGCGGUAUAUUUGGACUGCUGA